AGAAGUUACUCCGUCAAUGCUUGCUGAUAACUGUCAAACACACAGAAUGGCAAAAGUUAAAGUGUAACCUUAUCAUUAUCUUAAGAAUACUGAAGGUAAACUACUGCAAAGCUUGAAAUUAAAGAUUGCUCAAUGUAAGUAAAAUUAUAUCUUGAGUAGGGAGUUUAGGAUCCACAAAGAUUACAAAAACAUAAAGGACAAAACAUAGUCACAUAAAGAACUAAGGGUACACUACUAAAUGCAAUAAAAGGGAAAUAUGUUUUUAUGAGCUCACAACAUAAGCUUUCUUAAAUGAGUAGUAAAGUUGUAUUUUUACUAAAGAUCUGUCAAAUAAAUGGAGUUUGUAUAUGGUUGUAUUUGAAGGGCAACUUAAUACUGCCUCUAGGGGACAUAGACAUGAUUUGAUGCUUGAUUUUUAACAAAUAAAUAAACAAUUGGAACUAGCUCACCCAAAUAGGAAUAUUAGAAUUCAUCACUGAAACUACACAAUAUUAUUUGGGAAUUCUGGGAAUUCUCCUCUUGUGAUUGUAACAUAUACUUACAAGUUAGUUGAUGAAAAGUGGGUUAUUUGUUAAUGUUGUGAAUCUUAAAAUAGAGUUAUGCAUAUCAUUGAGAUAUGCUAUCAUUUAUUGUUUGUGUUUGUCCAGAUUUCUAUGCAACAUGAAGUUUGUAACACUAGGGAUUCACUUGGUAAUCUUGGUAAUAGCGACAACUAUGGUAACAAUCACCAAAGGAUUGGUCACUAUGGCAGCAGGAGGAAAAGAGGGUUAACCCAUAUUGAUGUGAAAAUAUGGCCAAAUGGAAUAAUUCCUUAUUAUUUUCAUGAGAAGUUUAGAGAAAACCUAAAAUGCAAGGUGUUUGCUGCAAUGAGGGAGUGGGAAUCAGGAACAUGCAUUAAGUUCCGUCCAUCAGUCUCAACAGAUAGGAAUAUACUGGAAAUAUACCAUGGAAAGCAUGGCUGUGCCUGUCAUGUUGGAAUGAGGACAACCACCCAACUGUCACUAAAUGAGAGCACUUGUUUUGUGCAUAGAAUCGUCCUCCAUGAGCUUGGCCAUGCUAUUGGAUUGAACCAUGAGCACAUACGUCCAGAUCGGGGAGACCAUAUACAAGUAAAUUGGGCCAAAAUAGAUAAUAAAGGGCGUCCUAAUUUCCACAAAAUGCGCUGGGAUAAAGCAAACAUGUAUGGGGUGCCAUACGAUCCAUUUUCUGUGAUGCACUAUGCGAAAGGUAGUCAUGGAGUUGAAGUAUUUAAGACAAAAAGAAGAGGCUUAUCAAAUGCUAUAGGGGUGCUUAAUCGACUGUCGCAAGGGGAUCGUGACACUGUAAACAGAAUGUAUGGCUGUGAUGUAAGCGCAUUAAAUGAUGCAGGAUUGGUUGCGAAAACAGAGGGAGAGUUAAUGAUAGUGCAGUGCCCUACAGGGUCUUCUAUUGAUGUAUUACACGCCAGUUACGGCACAACAAUUCCCGGAUCAACCUCAGUGACAUCUAUACGCUGCCAGAGCACAGACACUGUGUUGAUUGUUAAGAGAAAGUGUCAGAACACAAACUGGUGUUUGUUACCUGUUACUGAUAAGUUGUUUGGAAACCCCUGUCUCAAUGCAGAGAAAAGUUUGGAAAUUCGACACGCUUGUUGUCUACCUACUCAAGGUUGCAAGAAACCAUCAGGUUUUAAAUCAGUUAACAAUAGGCAUACGAGACCAAUCAGACUUUACUUCAACAACCGAAGAAAUUCCAGUAUUACACUACACUGGAUUGACUUCCAAGGAAAGUUUGAGACAUAUUGGGACAUAGCCCCCUCCAAAAAGAUGGACUUUGAAACUUCGUCCACACAUCCAUUUGUAGCUAAAGAUAAAGUAACUGGGGAAUUCUUACAAAUAGGUGGCGCUUGUGUGUAUUAUCCUUUACACAGCAAUGUAGAUAUAAAAUGAUUUUGAUAUUUUUCUAUUUUCAAAUAUUGAUAUACCUUUGUAUUGUAAUAGAACAAGGCAAAUUGUCACCACCUAGUUGCAUACAGUAUUAGAGAGAUUAACUGUUUUAAUUUGUUGCCAUGGUAACCAUUAUACCUAAAAUCUGAAGAUGUCGCCUAUAGGACAGGUGAUCACUAUGAAUUUCAAGCCAAUCCGACCAUGACUUCUCGAGAUAUCACUUGUGAAACUGAUGUAUAGUGUAAACCAAGUAUCUGUUGAAAUAUGUUUACAUGUAUGUUUUGGGCAAAAGUGGUAAAUAUGUUUAUCUCUGUAGAAUUACAAUGUUACACUAAUUCUUCAAAUAAUCACUUAAGAAAAUAAAAUACAG